AUGGAAGAGUCUGUCACAAAGGAGUUCAAACAAUUUGCCAUGGUCACUGACUACUCGGACCAUCACUACAGUACACGUUCUAUAUCUUCAACAGGCAAUAAUCGUUCUUUCACCAGUACUAACAGUAUAGCAUGCAAGAAAAUCAUGCAAGAACGGAGUAUUCUCGAAAACAACCUUCCUGAAACAAUCUCAGUUCGAGGAUAUGAAGGAAGAAUCGAUUUGCUUCGAGCUGUGAUUGUGGGUGCCAAUGGAACUCCUUAUCAUGAUAAUAUCGUCUUCUUUGAUAUAGCAUUCCCUAUUGAUUACCCCAAUCAACCUCUGGUAGUUUAUUAUCACUCAGGUGGGCUUAGGUUAAAGCCCAACCUAUAUCAAAAUGGAUAUGUCUGUUUAAGCCUCUUGAAUACUUGGGGUGGCAGUGGAAAUGAAAGGUGGGUGCCUUCUCAUUCUUCAAUUCUUCAAGCCUUGGUUUCGCUCCAAGGGCUUGUGCUAAAUGAGAAGCCUUACUACAAUGAACCUGGAACUAAACCUUCUGAUGAUUGUAAGGAUUGUAACAAUGGUGUCUUUAUUUUAUCUUGCAAGACAAUGCUAUUUAGUUUCCAAAACCCUCCAAAGAACUUCGAAGGUUUUGUCUCUUUGUUUUUCCGCGAACGUGCAACUACAAUACUAAAAGCUUGUAAUGGUUACAUGAACGGGGAAGCUAGUCUUAGUUAUAACUCCACAACAGCAUCAACGAAUUCCAAGUUCAAAAAAGACUUGAAUACAAUCUACAAGAAGCUGGAGGAGGCAUUCACAAAGAAUGGAAUGUCACAGCCAAAGGAAUCUGAUGUUGUGAAGGAAGAUGAGGUAGUAGAAUUGAAGAGUGCAAAGAUUAAAAGGAAGAGGAAGACUCUAAAGAAUGAGAUUGAGCAUGAUCACUUCACUCGAAGCAAGGCAUCCAAAGUGACUACAGCAUAG